AUGUCGUCGGCGAAAUCUUCUCGCUGGGUUCUCUCAGAUGUGGAGAUGAUGAAGGAGAGGUUCUCCAAGCUGCUCCUGGGCGAGGACAUGUCCGGCGGGGGCAAAGGGGUCUCGUCUGCACUAGCUCUGUCCAACGCCAUCACUAAUCUCGCAGGUCCAUCAGUCAACCUGUGUUCUACUUGGAGGAAAAGUCUACCCCUUCCCACCAUGAAAGUAGUCCGAGAAAAGCUUCGUUCUUUGUUGUUCUUGAGCUGACCUGAUCCUGCGAAGCGGCAUGAUCUGUCUGUUUCUUCUUCAGCUUCCGUCUUCGGGGAGCAGUGGCGGCUGGAGCCCAUGUCCCGGGAGCGGAAAGCCCGCUGGCGGAAGGAGAUCGAGUGGCUCCUCUCCGUCACGGAUCACAUUGUAGAGUUCGUCCCUUCCCAGCAGAAAUCUAGCGAUGGAACCAUCAUGGAGGUCCUCCUUCUCUCUCUCAAUGAAUGAUCUUCUUCUUCUUCUUCUUCUUCUUCUUCUUCUUCCUCCUCGUCGUCGUCGUCGUCUUCUGCUUCUUAUUCUUCUUCGUCGUCGUCAUCGUCGUCGCCUUCUGCUUCUUCUUCCUCGUCUUCGUCGUCGUCUUCUUCUUCCGUAAAUCUCUCUCUCUCUCUCUCUCUCUGAGAUGGUCGUCGUCUUGAUGCAUGCAGAUCAUGGUGACCCGGCAGAGGACCGAUCUCCACAUGAACAUCCUGGCGCUGCGGAAGCUUGACGCCAUGCUCGUCGUAAGACCUCCAUCUCCCUUCCUAUCGUCCCCCCCUCCCAAAAACCGUAACCCUAAACCAGAGACCCCUCCCUUCUCUUCCUUCUGCAACAGGACCUCCUCGACAACUUCAAGGACCAGAACGAGUUCUACUACGCCUCCAAGGACGAUCCCGAUGCCCAACCCGGCGGCGGCGGCGUCGGCCCCCCAAAGCGGAACGACGACAAAUGGUGGCUGCCGGCGGCGAAGGUCCCCCCCUCCGGCCUCUCCGACAUCUCCCGCCGGUGGCUCCACUUCCAGAAAGACUCCGUCCACCAGAUCCUAAAAGCCGCCAUGGCCAUCAACUCCCAGGUCCUCUCCGAGAUGGCCAUCCCCGACGCCUACAUCGACUCCCUCCCCAAGGCAACCCCGACCCUCCUCCCUCCUCCGCCGCCAUCGCCGGAGGCGCCGCCGACUGACCUCCACUCACCUCCAUCUCCCGCAGAACGGCAGGGCGAGCCUGGGCGACGCUAUCUACCGGGCCAUCACCGACGACGCCUUCGACCCAGAGCAGCUCCUCUCGACGCAGGAUCUGUCGACGGAUCACAGGGUGCUCGAUCUCAAGAACAGGAUCGAAGCCUCGGUGAUCAUCUGGAAGAGGAAGAUGAACAGCAAGGAGGGGAAGCCCUCCUCGUGGAGCAUCGCCGUGAGCAUGGAGAAGAGGGAGCUCUUCGAGGAGAGAGCCGAGACCCUCCUCCUCCUCCUCAAGCAGCGCUUCCCGGGAAUCCCUCAGUCGCUCCUGGACGUGAGCAAGAUCCAGUUCAACAGGGACGUGGGCCAGUCGGUGCUCGAGAGCUACUCCAGGAUCCUGGAGAGCCUCGCCUUCAUGGUCAUGUCGAGGAUCGAGGACGUGCUCUACGCCGACUCCCUCGCCGGAGCUGCUCCGCCGGCGGAGGGCGGGGGGGAGGCGGUGAAGUUUCCCACUGUCGAGGAGGAGGCGGAGAGGGUCAACGCCAAGGAGGCUCCGUCAUCCAUGACGCUCUCUGAUUUCAUGGGCCUGGACUUGGGCCACGACGGCGACAGGAAGAAGAAGACGGAGGAUGCUGACGGGGUCAACGCGGCCGCCGCCAAGAUCGUCACCCCCCAGGCCCUCAAGAGUUUCUCCUACACCGAGAGCCUCCUCGGCCUAAGGAGCCCCACUGCUCGACAUUGA